AUGUUAAAACAAGUGAAACGUAUUUACAAAGCCACAAACCCUCAGCACCAACAAGUUAAAAGAUUUUUCACCACUUCUCUGGUCAAUCAUGAGCUCAACAACAACAAAAUAACGAUUUCCAUUCCAAAUCUUUCAGAUUCGUCUCCUCUUCAACAAGAAGAAUUUCGUCUUGCCAAACUUCACAUUUCUGAAAUGGAUGUCAUUAAAAAAGAACAGCUCAAUGCUUCAUUCAAAUCAAGCAGCAAACAGGCCACAGUAGUAGAUUGGAAGAGUCAACACAAUGGAAUUGUUGUUCGUCUAUUGCACAAGGAAGGACAAGUUGUAAAGAGUGGUCAACCUUUUUACGAAUUGGAAUUGAGUGAAAAUCAAGAAAAUGAAGAAGAUCCAUUUUCAAAAUUAACCAGACUUUGGAAUAAGCUUCCUCCAGCUGCUAAAUAUGUGAUAAUAUUUGCAAUUAUCUGUGAGUCACUAGUGUACAUUCGUCUAUUAUUCUUUUAA